AUGCCCACUCCAAACACCUCCGCUCCUCCGGCCAAGGGCUUCCGCAGGGCUGUGUCCGAGCUGGAUUCCAAGCAGGCGGAGGCCAUUAUGUCCCCGAGGUUCAUCGGCAGGCGGCAGAGCCUUAUUGAAGACGCUCGCAAGGAAAGGGAGGCGGCUGUGGCGGCUGCGGCAGCUGAGGCCUCCGGGGACCCCUUAGAUGCCAUCGUCUUUGAGGAGAAGGAUGGAAAGGCCCUCCUCAACCUCUUCUUUACCCUGAAGACAGCCAAGUCUACAUCGCUGUCCAGGGCCCUGAAAGUGUUCGAGACAUUCGAAGCCAAAAUCCACCACCUGGAGACCCGAACCAACAGGAAGCCGAAGGAGGGGACGUCGGAGCUCGAAUACUUUGUCCGCUGUGAAGUCCACAGCAGCGACCUGGGCGCCUUCUUCAGCUCCGUCCGGAGGGUCUCCGACGAGGUGCGCAGCACCAAGGAGGACAAGAUUCACUGGUUUCCCAGAAAGAUCUCCGAACUGGACCAAUGCCACCACCUGGUGACCAAAUUUGACCCUGACCUGGACCUGGACCACCCCGGAUUUUCUGACCAGGUCUAUCGCCAGCGGAGGAAGCUGAUAGCAGAAAUUGCUUUCCAAUACAAACAUUCAGAGCCGAUCCCCCGCGUGGAGUAUACGGCAGAGGAGAUUGCCACCUGGAGAGAGGUCUACACCACCCUGAAGAGCCUAUACCCUACCCAUGCUUGCCGGGAGCAUCUGGAGGCCUUCCAGCUGCUGGAAAGGUUCUGUGGCUACAGCGAGAAUAGCAUCCCCCAGCUCGAAGAUGUGUCCCGCUUUCUGAAGGAGAGGACGGGCUUCCAGCUGCGGCCGGUGGCCGGCCUGCUCUCUGCCCGAGACUUCCUGUCCAGCCUGGCUUUCAGGGUAUUCCAGUGCACCCAAUAUAUCCGCCACGCCUCCUCGCCCAUGCAUUCCCCAGAGCCGGACUGCUGUCAUGAGCUCCUGGGGCACGUGCCUAUGCUGGCAGACAGGACUUUUGCCCAGUUCUCCCAGGAUAUUGGCCUCGCCUCCCUCGGUGCCACCGAUGAGGAGAUUGAGAAGUUAUCCACGCUGUACUGGUUCACCGUGGAGUUCGGGCUCUGCAAACAGAACGGAGCUGUCAAAGCCUACGGCGCUGGCCUCCUGUCCUCCUAUGGGGAGCUCAUCCACUCCCUGUCCGAGGAGCCCGAGGUCCGGGAGUUUGACCCCGAGGCCGCCGCUGUGCAGCCGUACCAGGACCAAACCUACCAGCCAGUCUACUUCGUGUCGGAGAGCUUUAGCGACGCCAAAGACAAGCUCCGGAGCUACUCGACUCAAAUCCGCCGCCCCUUCUCUGUGAAGUUUGACCCCUACACGCUGGGCAUAGAGGUCCUGGACAGCCCCCAGAAGAUCCGGCACUCACUGCAAGGCAUCCAGGACGAGCUUCACUUGCUGACCCACGCGCUCAAUGCCAUGAGCUAA